AUGGGGGAUGAGCUGCAUAUCCUGCGCAGAAUCGUUACCGUAGAUUCGCUGCGAAGCAUCGGAAAGCACUCCGUGUUCUUUCGUCCUCUACCCCACAGACCUUUACACUUAUGGCACCAGGUCUUGUUGGUUCAUCUUUGGCAGGAUCCGCCGAAGAUUCUUCGGCCCGUGAAGUUUGACACCAUCGUCGUGGACGAGGCAGCCCAGGCUCCUGAGCCCGACGUGGUGCUGCCCUCCACCUGUGCCACGACCCGGGUGGUGGUGGUAGGUGACCACAAGCAGCUUGGCCCGGUGGUGCCCGAGCGGAAUUUGUGUGCGCCUUACGUCAGCGUCCUGGAGACGCCCUUCCUGGAGCGGAUGCUCAAAAAUCCACGGCGAUGGGAGGCCAGCACGAUGCUGAACAUGCAGUACCGCAUGCACCCGUCGAUUCGGAGCUUCCCAUCGUCGCAAUUCUACGACUCCAAGCUUGAGGACAGUGUCUCCAUCCCUCAUCGCCCUGAGCUGAACCGCAUUUGGCCACAUGAGAACGAGCACCGCCGCUUCAUCGAUUGCCAGACUCCACAGUCUUUGGGCCUAUCACCCGAGCUCAACCGUGCCUGCGACGCUGCCCUCAUGGAGAACAAGACAUCCCUCAAGAACGCGCCCUGA